CAGACUAGACGCUUGAAGCAAAGCUGCCAUCCAAGAAGACGACAUGCUUUCAGCAACCCCCCUGUAUGGGAACGUUCACAGCUGGAUGAACAGCGAGAGGGUCCGCAUGUGUGGGACGAGCGAAGACAGGAAAAUUCCUGUAAAUGAUGGUGACGCUUCAAAAGCGAGACUGGAGCUAAGGGAAGAGAAUCCCUUGAACCACAACGUGGUGGAUGCAAGUACGGCCCAUCGGAUCGAUGGCCUGGCAGCACUGAGCAUGGACCGCACGGGCCUGAUCCGGGAAGGGCUCCGGGUCCCCGGGAACAUCGUCUACUCUAGUUUGUGUGGACUGGGCUCAGAGAAAGGCCGGGAGGCUGCCGCGAGCACCCUAGGUGGCCUUGGGUUCUCUUCAGAGCGAAAUCCGGAGAUGCAGUUUAAACCGAAUACGCCGGAGACAGUGGAGGCUUCUGCUUUCUCUAGAAAAGCCCCAAAUGGCUUCAGUGCUAUCUACAAAACACCGCCUGGAAUACAAAAAAGUGCUGUAGCCCCAGCAGAAACACUGGGCUUGGACAGGCCUGCCAGCGACAAACAGAGCCCUCUCAACAUCAAUGGUGCUAGCUACCUGCGGCUGCCCUGGGUCAAUCCUUACAUGGAGGGGGCCUCGCCAGCCCUCUACCCUUUCCUCGAGUCGCCAAAUAAGUAUUCACUGAACAUGUACAAGGCCUUGCUACCUCAGCAGUCGUACAGCUUGGCCCAGCCGCUGUAUUCACCAGUCUGCACCAACGGGGAGCGCUUCCUCUACCUGCCGCCACCUCACUACGUCAGUCCGCACAUCCCAUCGUCCUUGGCUUCGCCCAUGAGGCUCUCGACGCCCUCGGCCUCCCCGGCCAUUCCACCCCUCGUCCACUGCGCAGACAAAAGCCUCCCGUGGAAGAUGGGCGUCAGCCCUGGGAACCCCGUCGAGUCCCACGCCUACCCCCACAUCCAGAACAGUAAACAACCUCGAGUGCCCUCUGCCAAGGCGGUCACCAGUGGCCUGCCGGGGGACACAGCUCUCCUGUUGCCCCCCUCGCCUCGGCCCUCACCGCGGGUCCACCUGCCCACCCAACCUGCUGCAGACACCUACUCGGAGUUCCACAAGCACUAUGCCCGGAUCUCCACCUCUCCUUCGGUCACCCUGUCAAAGCCAUACAUGACGGUCAGCAGCGAGUUCCCUGCGGCCAGGCUCUCCAACGGCAAGUAUCCCAAGACUCCAGAAGGGGCCGAAAGUGCCCAGCCAGUGCCCGGGCAUGCCCGGAAGACAGCGGUUCAAGACAGAAAAGAUGUCGCCUCCCCUCCUCUGUUGGAGAAGCAGACGGUUACCAAAGACGUCACCGACAAGCCGCUAGACUUGUCUUCAAAAGUGGUGGAUGUGGAUGCUUCCAAAGCUGAUCAUAUGAAAAAGAUGGCUCCCACGGUCCUGGUUCACAGCAGGGCUGGAAGUGGCUUAGUGCUCUCUGGAAGUGAGAUUCCGAAAGAAACAUUAUCUCCUCCAGGAAAUGGCUGUGCUAUCUAUAGAUCUGAAAUCAUUAGCACCGCUCCCUCAUCCUGGGUGGUGCCCGGGCCAAGUCCUAACGAAGAGAACAAUGGCAAAAGCAUGUCGCUGAAAAACAAGGCUCUGGACUGGGCAAUCCCACAGCAGCGGAGCUCGUCGUGUCCUCGCAUGGGUGGCCCAGACGCCGUGAUCGCUAAUGUCUCGGGGUCGGUGUCGAGUGCCGGGCGCCCAGCUUCGGCGUCACCAGCUCCUAAUGCCAACGCAGACGGCACUAAGCCCAGCAGGAGCUCCGUGGACACCACGCCGUCUGUCAUUCAGCACGUGGGCCAGCCCCCGACCACGCCUGGCAGCAGCACCGGCGGCGGCGGCGGCGGCGGCAAGGGCGCCAAAGCCAGCAACCCCGAACCGAGUUUCAAAGCCAACGAGAAUGGCCUUCCGCCCAGCUCGAUAUUUCUCUCUCCAAAUGAGGCAUUCAGGUCCCCACCGAUUCCCUAUCCCAGGAGUUACCUCCCUUACCCGGCACCUGAGGGCAUUGCUAUAAGCCCCCUCUCUUUACAUGGCAAAGGACCUGUCUACCCUCACCCCGUUUUGUUACCCAACGGCAGUCUCUUUCCUGGGCACCUUGCCCCAAAGCCUGGACUGCCCUACGGGCUGCCCACGGGCCGUCCAGAGUUUGUGACCUACCAAGACGCCCUGGGUUUGGGCAUGGUGCAUCCUAUGUUGAUACCACACACGCCCAUAGAAAUCGCUAAGGAGGAGAAACCGGAGCGGAGGUCCCGGUCGCACGAGAAACCCCGCUACGAGGAUCCCACCCUCCGGAAUCGGUUCUCCGAGAUGUUGGAAGCCAGCAGCACCAAGUUACACCCGGAUGUCCCCGCUGACAAGAACCUGAAGCCAAGCCCCAGCUGGAAUCAAGGGAAAAUGGUGGGCAAAAGCGACAAGCUCGUCUACGUAGACCUGCUCCGAGAAGAACCAGACGCCAAGCCUGACCCCACUAUGUGCAAGCCGGGCUUUGCCGCCGAGAGCGCCGGCCAGGGUGCGGAACCCGCCAAGCCCCCGGCCGACCCGGCCCUGCAGCAACAUCGCGAUUUCCUCGCCCUGAGAGAGGAGUUGGGGCGCAUCGGUGAUUUCCACGAACCUUAUGCUUUCAAACAGGCUCCAGGCCAGUCGGUCUUCAACCUCAACAAGGACAGUGUACCGGCAGGUACCAACAAAGAGAACCUGGUGAUGCCGGUCUCGACGCCAUUCCUGGACACCACUCUGGGGAGCGAUGGUCCUGCCGUCUCUUUUGCGAAAACCCAAGAGGAUCCCAAACCAUUUUGUGUGGGCGGUGCCCCGCCGAGUGUGGACGUCACCCCCGCCUAUACCAAAGACGGAGCCGAGGAGGCAGAAUCCGGUGAUGGCAAAGUUCUCAAACCGAAGCCAUCGAAACUGGCAAAGAGGAUCGCGAACUCGGCCGGUUACGUGGGCGACCGAUUCAAGUGCGUCACUACGGAACUGUACGCGGAUUCCAGUCAGCUCAGUCGGGAGCAGCGGGCACUGCAGAUGGAAGGAUUACAAGAGGACAGUAUUUUAUGUCUACCCGCUGCUUACUGUGAGCGUGCAAUGAUGCGCUUCUCAGAGUUGGAGAUGAAGGAGAGAGAAGGUGGCCACCCAGCAACCAAAGACUCCGAGGUGUGCAAAUUCAGCCCAGCCGACUGGGAAAGGUUGAAAGGAAAUCAGGACAAAAAGCCAAAGUCAGUCGCCCUGGAGGAGGCCAUUGCUGACCAGAACGACAAUGAGAGAUGCGAGUAUACUGCAGGGAACAAACGUGAUCCCUUUGAAGGCCCGGAGGACAAAGAUCUUCCCGUGGAGAAGUACUUUGUGGAGAGGCAGCCUGGGAGCGAGCCACCCACUGACCAGGCCGCUGCGGAUGUGCCGCACAGCCCCACCCUCCGGCUGGACAGGAAGCGCAAAGUCUCAGGUGACAGCAGCCACACUGAGACUACUGUGGAAGAGAUGCCAGAGGACCCUCUCCUGAAAGCCAAGCGAAGACGGGUCUCUAAAGAUGACUGGCCUGAGAGGGAAAUGACAAACAGUUCCUCUAACCACUUAGAAGACCCACAUUAUAGUGAGCUGACCAACCUGAAGGUGUGCAUUGAAUUAACAGGGCUCCAUCCUAAAAAGCAACGCCACUUGCUGCACCUUAGAGAACGGUGGGAGCAGCAGGUGUCGCCAGCAGAGAGCAAACCUGGCCGUCAAAGCAGGAAGGAAGUGAGCCAGGCAGUUCAGCCCGAGGGCACUGCCCAGGGGAAUAUCCCAGAAGAGAAAGCCAGCAGGAAAAGGGCAGAGGCCAAAGGCAACAGAAGCUGGUCAGAAGAGUCCCUCAAAUCCAGUGACAAUGAGCAAGGCUUGCCUGUGUUCUCCGGCUCUCCGCCCAUGAAGAGCCUUUCAUCCACCAAUGCAAGCGGCAAAAAGCAGACUCAGCCAAGCUGCACGCCAGCCUCGAGGCCGCCUGCCAAACAACAGAAAAUUAAAGAAAGCCAGAAGACAGAUGUGCUGUGCACAGACGAGGAAGAGGGUUGCCAGGCUGCCUCCCUGCUGCAGAAAUACACCGACAACAGCGAGAAGCCAUCGGGGAAGCGAUUGUGCAAAACCAAGCACUUGAUACCUCAGGAACCCAGGCGCGGCUUGUCGCUGACGGGGGACUACUAUGUGGAGAAUGCUGACGGCAAGGUGACCGUCCGGAGAUUCCGGAAGCGACCCGAGCCCAGUUCAGACUACGAUCUAUCACCAGCCAAGCAGGAACCGAAGCCCUUCGACCGCUUGCAGCAAUUGCUACCGUCUUCCCAGUCCACGCAGCUGCCACGCUCAAGUUCCCCCCAAGAGACCACCCAGUCUCGCCCGAUGCCGCCGGAAGCGCGGAGACUCAUUGUCAAUAAGAAUGCUGGCGAGCCCCUGCUGCAGCGGGCCGCCCGUGUCUCCCCACAGGAAGUGGUCUUAUACUGCCUGGAGAACAAGAUUUGUGAUGUGAAUCAUCGAGACAACGCAGGCUACUGUGCCCUACAUGAGGCGUGUGCGAGGGGGUGGCUCAACAUCGUGCGACACCUCCUUGAGUAUGGCGCUGAUGUCAACUGCAGUGCUCAGGAUGGAACCAGGCCUCUGCAUGAUGCUGUUGAAAACGAUCACUUGGAAAUUGUCCGCUUACUCCUCUCUUAUGGUGCUGACCCCACUUUGGCUACGUACUCAGGUAGAACCAUUAUGAAAAUGACUCACAGCGAGCUCAUGGAAAAAUUUUUAACAGAUUAUUUAAAUGACCUGCAGGGUCGUGGUGACGAUGACCCCACUGGAUGCUGGGACUUCUAUGGCAGCUCAGUGUGUGAACCGGAUGAUGAAAGUGGAUAUGAUGUCUUAGCAAACCCCCCAGGUCCAGAAGACCAGGAGGAGGAUGAUGAUGCCUACAGUGACGUGUUCGAAUUUGAAUUUUCAGAAACCCCCCUAUUACCAUGUUACAAUGUCCAAGUGUCUGUCGCUCAGGGGCCACGAAACUGGCUACUCCUUUCCGACGUGCUUAAGAGAUUAAAAAUGUCCUCCCGCAUAUUCCGCUGCAAUUUUCCCAAUAUGGAAAUCGUCACCAUCGCCGAGGCAGAGCUUUACCGGCAGGUUUCAGCAAGUCUCUUGUUCUCUUGCCCCAAAGACUUGGAAGCCUUCAACCCUGAAAGCAAGGAGCUAUUAGAUCUGGUGGAAUUCACAAGUGAGCUCCAGACUCUGCUAGGCUCCACCGUGGAGUGGCUCCACCCCAACGAUAUGGUCUCGGACGACUACUGGUGAGCGCCAGGCCCAGUGUGUACAGUGUGUUAUAGUGUUAAUCCUUGUGCAUAUGUGUCAUAAUACGACUAUUUCUGUAAAGAAAGGACACUAUUACAUAUGAAAAUAUCUCUUCUUUAUAUAAGAGAAAAUUACUCCAGUCAGAAGGACUUAGAAACAUGUUUUGUUUGUUUGUUUGUUUUCUUUUUCUUUUUCAACUUUUAAGUCAGUUUCUAUGAAGUUGUUACAAUGUCUCUUUAUUUUUCAAUGCACACGUGUUUGGGGAGGUGUUUGUUUUUACUUGGAACAUUUGUUUCUUUUCUUCCUUAAGGGGGGAACUAAGGAAAUGGAGCGCCACACUUUGGCAUCAUUUCGUUCAAAGCUCUGAUGGAAGAGGCCACAACUGUAAAGUGUGAUCAGAACCGCGUGGUGGUUGUAGGGGGUGACUUUGGCGAAGGCGCUUGGCGCUGUUGUA